AUGUCGAGACUAGUUGAAACCGUGGCAAAGAUUGCAUUACCAGUAGGUAUUGCUGUAAGUGCACUUCAAUAUUCCAUGUACGAUGUCAAAGGUGGCAGUCGUGCUGUGAUCUUUGAUAGACUCAGCGGUGUUCAAAAGCAGGUAGUUGGCGAAGGUACACAUUUCUUGAUGCCUUGGUUGCAGAAAGCUAUUGUGUACGAUAUAAGAACCAAACCAAAAAGCAUCGCUACAAAUACAGGUACCAAAGACUUACAAAUGGUAUCCCUAACGCUGAGAGUUCUACACAGGCCUGAUGUCCUGAGAUUGCCUAACAUCUAUCAAAACUUGGGCUUAGAUUACGAUGAAAGAGUUCUGCCAUCCAUUGGAAAUGAGGUAUUAAAGGCCAUAGUGGCAAGGUUCGAUGCCGCGGAAUUGAUUACUCAAAGAGAAUUAGUUAGUCAAAGAAUCAGGGAUGAACUAUCCCAUCGUUCGAGUGAGUUUGGCAUUCAACUUGAAGACGUCUCGAUUACUCACAUGACUUUUGGGCCCGAGUUCACCAAGGCUGUUGAGCAGAAACAGAUUGCCCAACAAGAUGCGGAAAGAGCAAAAUUCCUCGUUGAAAAGGCUGAACAAGUUAGAAACGCAAGCGUUAUUAGAGCAGAGGGAGAAGCUGAGUCUGCUGAGUGCAUUUCAAGAGCCCUGGCAAAAGCUGGUGACGGCUUGUUGCUAAUCAGAAGGCUAGAAGCAUCAAAAGAUAUUGCACAGACACUAGCAAAUUCACCCAAUGUGACUUAUUUGCCAAGCUCUUCGGCAAGUGGCAGCGACGGUACUCCAAAUUCCCUGUUGCUCAACGUUGGUCGAUAA